GGCCGCGCCGCGACCCAAUCCACCCACCACAGAUCGACCCCCCCGCCACGUCUCGCCCCGUGCUCGCCUCGCCUCGCCUCGCCUCCCAGAGAGAGGUCGGGGCUCGAUCCAUGGCCUCGGACCAAACCCUCCCACUCCCACCCCCACCGCUACUCCCGUCCAACCCCAACCAGAUCCCCACCCCGACCCCGACCGCACCGCACCCGACCCCGUCCCCGUCCCCGCCCCCCGCCUCCGCCGCGCGGAAGCUCCCCAUCAAGCGCCGCUCCCCGCCGCGCCCCUCCUCCUCGCCCUCCUCCUCCUCCGGCCAGAACCAGAACCCGCCCUUCAAGUUCCAGCGCAUCUGGUCCGAGUCCGACGAGCUGCGCUUCCUGCAGGGCCUCCUCGGCUGCGGCGCGCAGGGCCUCGUCUUCCCGCGCGACCUCAACGUCUUCUACGACCGCUUCUCCGAGUCCAUGCCGCAGCCCUACACCCGCUCCCAGCUCUCCGAGAAGCUCCGCCGCCUCAAGAACAAGCACCGCAACGUCUCCUCCCGCGUCGCCAGGGGCCUCGACCCCGCCCGCCUCGCCCCGCACGACCGCGACGUCCUCCACCUCUGCUCCCGCCUCUGGGACCCCGCCAACGCCGCCACCUCGCCCUUCGCCGCCCCCGCCGCGCCCGCAGGCUCCUCGGGGAACAAGCGCCGCCGCUCCAACCCUGCUGCGCCGCCGCCGCUCGACGUCCCGGCCCCCUCGGGGGACAGCAACUCCCAUGGCUACAAUGGGAUCGGUUCCUCCACCCCCGGCGCCGCCUUCCCCGACGAGAACGGCGCCGAGGAUGUGAUGUAUCUCGAGCAGGAGAGCGGCCACCACCUCUAUUUUGACGAGGGUGCUGCUUUUGUUGCCGACGGCAACCUUGAUGGCAUUACCUUGGACGGGAUUGCGCCGGACCAGGCUGAGACCAUGGCUGUUCUCACCGAUGUCGGUGACAAUGGAGUUGUUGCCGGUGACAAUGGAGUUGUUGGCAACGACGCAGCUCCCCAAAAUGCUGUGAACAAUGGAGGUAAUCCCCAAAAUGCUGUGAACAAUGGAGGUAAUCCACAAAAUGCUGUGAACAAUGGAGGUAACAGUCAGAACGGUAACUGCAAUGUAUUGCUGCCGCGUAGCAGCGAGCAUCGCAUGGCAAGUGCCGUGCUGGAUGUAUUUGAGGAGUGUUUGAGAGAGGCAAAGGCCGAUGGGAUAGUCAACGGUGGCAAUGCCGAGGAAAGCGAACUCGCCAGGCGAUGGAGGGCGCAGAGGAUUGAUGAGCUUGAUGUGUUGAGCCAAAGGCUCAGGUUGAUCAUUGAGGAUGCUACUGCCGCUGGGCACUAAAUGAGAUGUAUCCGAUGACGUGCUUCCAUCCUUUGCCGCCAUGUAUAGAAGAAAUCAGGUUAUUAUGCAUGCUAUGUUUUUGUAGCGCAUCGCUCAGCUUGAGCCUUGCUUUAGCCGCUCUAGUUACAAUUUAUGCCUAUGUGACAUUGCUAUGGAUAUUGUUGUUUCGUUUAAUAAUUUAAUCACUCGAUCGUCUUAA